AAAAUUUCAGCAUAAGCAUCAGUUUUGAGAAUCAAUUCUGUUGUUUCGGAUCUGAUUUUCAAUCAUUUUAAUUAAAAUUGCAAGAAUUUUCAGCCAAAUAAAAAUUAAAAACCAAAGUUAAGCUUUAAAAUCAUCAAAAAACAAGAAUAUUUGGCAACAAUAGCCAAAAUUCAGGAUUUUGCAGCAUCAAUCAACCAAAUUUGAGUCCAAUUCUUUGUUUAAGAAUUGAAAAAUUCAUCAAAAAUGAACAAAAUCGCCAAAUUCAUCAUCAUCGCCGCAAUCAGCGUCAAUUUAUCAACUUCUGCUGACGUAAUUGAGCUUACAGAGUCAAAAUUGACUGAAUAUAAGAUCGAAGCUCCUCAAAAUGAUCCAGCUGACUCCUCUGAACUGUCAACAAGCCAAACAACUGCCAAUAAUUUAGAAUGCAACGACAAUUACAUCGAUCUAAAAGCGGAUAUCCUCAAAGCUGUUGACAAAACCUUUGAAUUACACUUUAAUGGAGUUUAUGUCUGUUUUGAGGACAGGCUGGAUGCUUUUUCAAAUGAAUAUAGAAUAAAGUUUGAUGAAUUUCUAAAGUCACACCAGCCAAGUUCAACACAACAAGCCACACCAAGACCAAUUCGUCCCAAACCAACAGAAGAUGAAAUAUUUCAAAAAGUUGCUGACAUUUUUGCGCACGAAGAUAAAAUUGAGAAUUUGAGGAACCAAUUUACAAAGCAAAUCGAUGAGAAGUUUGAAGAGGAAGUGACAAUUAUUGAUGAUAAAAUCGAGGAGAUUUCUGGACGAAUUACAAUUAAUGAGGACAUCAGCGAGCUUCAAAGUGUCUACAAACUUUUGGAUGAUUUUAAGCAAAAAUUCACAAAAAUUGAUGAAAAAUUGUUCAUCUUGACGGAAUUUACAAAGGAGACCAUGCAGCUGAAGAAGGAAAAUGCAUUCAUGAAAGUUGAAGCCACGCACUUAAAAUCUGAAAUUGCGAGCCUCAAAAAGGAACAAGAUGACCUCAGAGAAUUGAUUUACAGGAACACACAGGAACUCAACACAAACUUCAACAUUUUUGAAUUCAAGAGCGUCGACUUGUCCCAUCAGAUUUGUAAAUUACGUACUGAAACCCAACGUGACCUUGAAUACCUUAAAGGCUUAACAGUCCACCCAAAAUCAAUGUUUAGCUUCAAAGAAAACCUUCAAGAAUUCCAAGAAAAAUUCGACACAUAUGCAAUGGAAGUGCCAACAAGAGAUGAGGAUAGACAUCCAGGUAUUCAUGCUGAACUGCUUAAAGGAUUCAAAACAUCAUUGCAGGAACUGUUUGAUAAAAUUGAGGAACUACGAUCGGAAUCAGACUUUUCAGAGCAGGAACAUCAAAUUAAAAUCAUGAAGCGUAAAUUGAAGAAUUUGGAGAUGAAUUUUGAGGAUUUUAAGAAUAAUCCAUUGAGAGUUGUUCAUCCAAAUGAAGCUAAGCAUGCUGAACAGCAUGGGCGUAUGAAGAUAUUCAGACUUGGAAAAAGAUUGCUGUUGAAGAAGGUCUAAGAAGUGGCUAGGCUUUGUGAUUUCUUACUGAUGGGAAGCAACUGGAGAGACAAUUCUAGAACCGGACUAGAAUCAGGACAACAUCAAGUUCCUUUUGCCUUAUUA